AUGAGGACCGGUGAUAUAUACCCGCAUUUGACAACACUGCAUUGCUUUUUUUCAGUGCGGGUGGAUAAAUCAUGGAUUGCAAAACCACGAAAUACAGUUGAAUACGAACAAGGAGUACGAGGUUUUAUUGAAUUUGCUGUAAGAAAUAGCUCCGCUGAGGGUUUGAUAUUAUGCCCUUGUUCAGGUUGCGGUUUUGGAAAGUGGCAUUCACAGGAAGUAGUGUAUGACCAUUUAAUUUGCACAAAAUUCCCAGAAGGUUACGUCUUUUGGGUUUUUCACGGAGAGUCACGUGCACGUGCUGGAGAAACGAGCAAUGCCAGUGAUGCAGAUAUAUUACAUGUACCAGAAGACAACAGUGUCCAUGAGGAUCCCAUAAGAAACAUGGUAAAUGAUGCUUUUGGGGUUGAUGGCCAGCAAAAUGCUGAAGAUUUGCCAAAUAAUGGACACGAAGAAGGUUUUGCUGGGAAUGAUUUUUACGAAUUACUCAAAGAUGGAGAACAACCUUUGUAUGAAGGGAGUACCAAAUUUUCUAAGCUUUCCUUUAUUGUGAAGUUGUAUCAUAUAAAGUGUUUGACUAGGAUGAGUGACAAGGCUAUGACUUUGGUAUUGGAGCUAUUGCACGAUGCUUUUCCUCAUGCAAAAAUUCCAAAUUCCUUUUAUGAGGCAAAGAAGACUAUUACGAAGUUGGGAUUGGAUUACCAGAAGAUACAUGCUUGUCCAAAAAAUUGUAUGUUGUAUUGGGGUGAGGACAAUGUAGAUAGACAAGUUUGCAAGGUUUGUAACACAUCUAGAUGGAAACCACCUGCCAAAGGAAGUGACCCACAACAUAGGAAUACCAAGAGUAAAGUGGCUGCCAAAGUUGUCCGUUACUUUCCACUUAAACCACGGUUACAAAGAUUGUUCUUGUCAUCAAAGACUGCCAACGACAUGAGAUGGCAUGCUACAGAUGGUGGUAGUGAUGGAAAGAUGCGACAUCCUAGAGAUUCAGAAGCUUGGAAGAAUUUUGAUUCCUUGCAUACGUCAUUUGCAUCAGACGCACGCAAUGUUCGGCUUGGUUUAGCUACGGAUGGUUUUAAUCCGUUUGGUAAUAUGAGCUCUAGCUAUAGCAUUUGGCCAAUUAUUCUAAUCUUGUACAAUACUCCUCCUUGGAUGUGUAUGAAGUCCACAUCAUUUAUCAUUUCAACAAUAAUACCUGGAAAAAAAAUGCCUGGGAAUGACAUCGAUGUGUACUUGCAACCGCUAAAGGAAGAGUUGAUUGAACUAUGGAAUGAUGGUAUAGAUGCUUAUGAUGCUUCAACACGGGAGAUGUUUAAGUUACGUGCAGCUUUACUAUGGACGAUUAGUGAUUUUCCUGGUUUGGGUAAUCUAUCUGGGUGGAACACAUACACUGCAUUAGCUUGUCCAGUGUGCAACUUUGACUUUGAACCUUAUCGGCUUUAUCAUAGUAAGAAGUGGUGUUUUAUGGGCCAUCGUCGUUUUCUUCCACAUAGACACCGGUUUAGAUUGAACAAGGUUAGAUUUAAUGGAAAACAAGAACUGCGCAAUCCUCCUAGGAUAUUAACUGGCUGUGAAAUUCUUGAACAAGUCCAAAAUGUGAAUACAUGCUUUGGUCGACCACCUGAAGUUAGUGGAAGAGGGAAAAGAUUACGGGUUGGUGAUCGUGAUACACAAGGCAACGCCCAACAAUGGAAGAAAAAGAGCAUAUUUUUUGAGCUUCCCUAUUGGAGACAUAAUGUACUGCGUCAUAAUCUUGACAUGAUGCAUAUUGAGAAGAAUGUGUGCGACAAUAUCAUUUUCACCUUGCUUAAUGAUUCCUCAAAAUCAAAAGAUCAUUUGAAUGCUCGACGAGAUCUACAAAGAAUAGGUUGCAAGCAUGACCUUUGGCCAAAUGAGAACGGGAAAUAUCCGUUAGCAGUGUAUACAAUGACCAAUCAAGGCAAGAAGGCUUUUCUGAAGACAUUGCGGAAUAUCACAGUACCCGAUGGUUAUGCUAGCAACAUAUCUAGGUGCAUUGAUGUUGAUUCUAUGCGAAUCAGUGGGAUGUUGAAAAGUCAUGACUGUCAUAUAUUGAUGGAGCAAUUACUACCGUUGGCAACGAGAAUAGCAUUGCCUGAUAAUGUAUCUAGCAUUUUGAUUGAAUUAUGCUCAUUUUUCAAGCAACUAUGUGGUAAGGUGUUGAGCGUUACAGAUUUGGAUAAUAUGCAACGUCAAGUUGUGCUAACCUUAUGCCACAUGGAAAUGUUAUUUCCACCUUCAUUUUUCACUGUCAUGGUUCAUUUGAUAGUUCAUCUUGCUGAAGAAGCUAAGCUUGGAGGUCCCGUUCACUAUAGGUGGAUGUAUCCUAUUGAAAGGUAUUUGGGACAAUUGAAAUCAUAUGUUCGUAAUAGGGCACAACCAGAAGGGUCAAUUGCAGAAGGGUACCUUAUGCAAGAAAUCCUAACAUUUUGCUCAAGAUACUUGGACAAUAUCGAGACUCGAUGGAAUCGAACAAGUCGUGUUGAUGAUGCUCAUGUUGAUACACAGCCACAAACGCGUGUAGAGGAAUUAUUUCCCCAAGUAGGUAAGCCAAUUGGUGCAUCAACAUUUUUCAAUCUAACUAACAUGGAAAGAUUACAAGUGCAUAGACAUGUGCUUACCAAUUGCCCACUUGUUGAAAGAUAUCUUCAGGAAUUUAGGACCGAUGUUAAAAGGCAACUAAGGAGAACUAGUCGAAAUCAAGCAGAGAUAGAUAAGCGGGUGCAUAAGAGAGUUUGUCGAAUGAUUAUUGUAGAUGUCAACAAUAUAGAACAACCAGACGUAGCUAUCAUGCUUUCCCUGGCAAAAGGUCCAUUGUAUCAAGCUAGAAAAUUCAAAGCAUUUAAUGUAAAUGGCAUGAAAUUUCGUACCUUAGAAAGAGACAACAACCUCAAAACUCAAAAUAGUGGGGUUUAUGGAACGUUUGACACUAGAAGCUAUUCAAGUAGUAGAGAUGGUGAAGAUAUUAUGACAUGGACUAGCCAAUUUCCAUCACAGAACUUGGACCAUCUUGUUGUGGAUGACACAAUACCUGUUCAAUUAUCAAGACCUUCCACAGAUGAUGACAAUCUAAAUUUGCAUGCUAAUCUAACUGAGGAUGAAGAAAUAGGAAUAUGA